UUAUAUUGUCCUGUCCUUCCUCCUUUCUCUCUCUUUGUAAGCAUUUUCUUUUUCUUCCUCAAAAAUUUCAACUUUCUCUCACUAUAUAUCUAUAUCUCUAUAGUUUCGAUUGUAGCAAAAAAAAAAAAACUUUAAUCAUAUAGGACCUUAAUAUCCCCAAAAAAUCAGAACCCCAGAAUCAGUUCUUGUUCUUGUUGUUUUUCUUGGAUCAUGUAAAAAAGACCCAUUUGGAUUUGGAUCUUGAUUUGGGGAUUUGAUUGAAUUGGGUUUUGAUUGGAAUUCGGGUUUUUCAGCCAUGACCCGUCGAUGUUCACAUUGCAGUACCAAUGGCCAUAACUCAAGGACUUGUCCUAAUAGAGGUGUGAAGUUGUUUGGGGUCCGAUUGACUGAUGGGUUGAUUCGAAAAAGUGCUAGUAUGGGUAAUUUGUCCCAUUUUGCCAGUGGAAGUGGAGGUGGUAGUACACCUCUAAACGGUGUCGUUCAUGACUCACCUGGUGAUACACCUGAUCAUCCUGCUGCUGCUGGUGGCUCUGUUGAUGGUUAUGCUUCAGAGGAUUUUGUUGCUGGUUCUUCAUCUAGCCGUGAAAGGAAGAAAGGGGUUCCCUGGACUGAGGAGGAGCAUAGGAUGUUUCUACUUGGUUUGCAAAAACUCGGUAAAGGUGAUUGGCGUGGAAUUGCUCGUAACUAUGUGAUCUCUAGAACGCCCACCCAGGUUGCAAGCCACGCCCAGAAAUAUUUCAUUAGGCAAAGUAAUAUGUCAAGGAGAAAAAGACGCUCCAGUCUGUUUGAUAUUGUUGCUGAUGAAUCAGGGGACACUCCAAUGGUAUCGAGGGAUUUCCUCGCAGAUGAUCCUGCACAAGCUGAGAUGCAAAGCAACAAUCCGUUGCCUCCUACUCCUGCUGUGGAUGAAGAAUGUGAAUCAAUGGGUUCAGCAGCUUCUGCCAACUCCAUCGAUGGGGAACAUGCUCUUUCUAUACCAGAAAGCUCACAAUAUCAGCAUCCACUUGUUUAUCCUGCUUAUGUUGCUCCAUUUUACCCGAUGCCUUAUCCAUGCUGGCCAGGUUACACUGCAGAGCCAGCAAUAGCAGAGACCCAUGAAGUUCUGAAGCCAACAGCUGUUCAUUCAAAGAGUCCAAUUAAUGUUGAUGAGCUGGUUGGUAUGUCAAAGCUAAGCUUAGGUGAGUCCAUUGGUGAUGCUGCCAAGCCACCUUCUCUGUCACUAAAGCUGGUCGAGGGCUCCUCCAGGCAGUCAGCUUUCCAUGCUAAUCCGUCAUCUGGUAGCUCAGGUAUGACUCCUGAAGGAACUGAGCAACAGUAAACUGAUGCAGCCAAUACCAUGUCAUGCAUGCAGUUCGAGCCACGCACCAGCUACUGUGCGAAUAGAAGGUAUGAGAGAGCAGGUCAAAUGAUAUUAGAGAGGCCAACGACAUUGGACCGAGUUUUAGCGUUGUACUAUGCUGAAUUUUAGCAUGGUUGAAAUUGUGAUGUUGAGAACUCUUGGAAUAGUCAGUGACAUGCUUGUUGGAUACAUUUUAAGUGGAGAUUUAGCUUUCAUCUGCAAUUUGAGUUUUGCAGAAACCCCAUUAGUGUUUAGGAAAUUGAAUGCUAGGAUCAUGGAAAGGAAACUCUAGCAUUAAAUUGGGUAAACUGUGGAUGGUCUGCAUUUAAGAUACUUGAGAAAGUGGUAGUAGAAAAGAUGCUAUCUUCUUGCAAUAUUUGCCAUAAAUGAAGCAGUUGAUUUGUGCGCAAGCUGAAAAGAUGUUGUGCAACACUAAAAGAUUUAUUGAAGUUCAUAGUUGAACCUAGUGGAAAGAGUUACUUGGUGAAUGUGGAAUAGUGGGCCUCGUGAAAUAAUUGAGUUGUGUGCAAGCUGAAAAGAUGUUAUGCGACACACUAAAUGAUUUAUUGAAGUUCACAUGUAGUUGUAUUUGGUGGAAAGAGUUACCUGGUUAAUGUGUUGAUGGGAUAAUGAGCCCAGUGAAAUAGUCGAGUUGUGUGAAAACUAGUUUAGAAACUAUCGUCAUCAAACAAAAAGUUGGUGGGGAUAGUGAGACCUACGAAAAGAUUUAUUGAAGUGCAUAGUUGUACUCGGUGGAAAGAGUUACCUGGUAAAUGUGUUGAUGAGGAUAGUGGCCCUCUGAAAUAGUCGAGUUGUGUGGAAGCGAGUUCAGACUCAAACCAGAAGUUGGUGGGGGAAGUGGGACCUCUGAAAUAGUCGAGCUGUAUGGAAGCAGGCUCAGACACUAUCAUUAUCCAACAAGAUGUAUCUGUUAGCUAUGGAUCAUCUAUAUGAACAAAAACUCAAGGUGUGAAAUAGAGAAAUUAAAUCCCCUCUUAACUAAAGAUUAGAUAUGAAGGCGCUUACUAUUAAAUUAUCAUUGCUUAUUUACUUCAUUUUUACUAUAUUGUUUGAUUCUGAACAAGUACUUCUCUUUCUUGAACAAUUCCAGUAAAAUGUGACCUUUAUAA